AUGAAAUAUAAUAGAUUAAAUAGAAUCUGCAAUCCACCUCAUCUUGAUCAAUAUAAACAAAUUGCUGAUAAAGAAAGAAAAAAUAAUAUAAAAUACAAGCCUGUUUCAGCGAAAAAGCUACUUAAAAGAAACAUGGAGGAAGCUCAUGAAGAAAAUAUUAAUAUGUCGACGGUGGACAACUUUUGGAAUCACCGUUUAUCAGAUGAUCAACGAAAAGGGUUUGAAGCUUUAUCUAGAAAAAUCAAUGAAUAUAAUCUAGAUAUAGUAAAUGUAAGUGAAGAUUCUCGUGAUAAAAUGUACAGAAUUGGCAAUCCUCAAGAAAUUGAAAAUACUUUCGGAAUUGCAAUUUUUGGUGGGACGAACCAAUUCCAUGAACAGAAUGAUUUUGAAACUUAUGUUUUGACACCCUUUCCUUAA